AUGGGCUCUUGGGAUUGCUAUUGUUCCAUCUGCGGUGGGCCAUUGAAGGCCCAAUCUGUCCGCAAGCAAGAUGACGACGUAGAUAGGGCUUCUCGGCAUGACGGUGCGGAUGGGCAAGAUGUAGAUGAGGAAGAUGAUGAAGAUCAGGAAGGGGAAGACACCGAACUUCCGCAUGAAAGUACGGGAGUGUCUGAGGACGAUGACGAUGAUGGGGUGUCCGAUUCCGGAUCCGCGGAUGGUGAUGACGAGGAGGAGGAGGACGGUGAUGAUGAAGAGGAUGACGAGGACGAUGACGGAUACGAUCCACGCAUCGUCCAAUCCAAGGAUGUCGAGUGGACAGGAGACUGCCGUAUUCUUGGUUUCAAUUCCGAAGCUUCUGGUAUCAUCUCUGGUCCAGGCCACUAUUCAGACUAUGGGUGUAUGGACUGUAGCAACGGAAACGAUCCAAACGCAGAGGGUGUGAAUAUGAGUGGUCUCGUCUGCUAUUCUGCCGCCAACAGAACAGACGAUGGGAAGGUCGUCUAUCCCUUUCAUUGGGACUGUUUCGAACUCCUCUGUCGAUACAUUACCGGAUCUGAAGAUACCGAGCGCAUUAACAAGGAUGUUUUGUACAGCACCAUGCGCUCCCUUUCUUCAGAAUUCGGCUCUCGUCUUGACUUAGAUUACGAUGAGCCACACACAAUGACCAAUCACGAAAUCCUCGACGCUCAAUUUUGGGAACUGAAGAAUGGGGAAGAGCUGUAUGUAAUCUCACCCUUGACAAGAGCACCGCUGUCACCUCGAGAGACUGCGAAGUUGCAACAGGCUUCAGGUUUAGAUGCCCUACACUCGGAUUUGGCUGCGAAGGUCACCUUCGACCCAUUUUCCAAAGUUCCUGCCGAGAUUCUUGACCAGAUUGUCUCCAGCCUUGACCAUAGAGACCUGAUGAAUCUGCUCAAGGCAUCUUGGUACACCCACUCUGCCUACCACGGAAAUGAUCCAUUCUGGAGCCGGAAAAUCCGAAACACCAUGGGAUGGUUCUUUGAGCUCCACGAAGUUCUGAAUUCUCCCGCUCUCGCGGAAAAGUUGACGAGUAUGAAGGCCGUGUAUCUCUGGGCAUGGACAAAAACCAAGCCAAGAUUCAAACGGAAAGGGAAGUACAUGGGCACGUCAAAUCGCAGACGCAUCUGGGCUACCUGCGUGCAGCUCGCAGAGACAUACCAGGACAUGCUGUCAAAACCUACCACCAAGGUUGAUGACACUGUUCAGACCCAGGCAGACCGUCCAUCCCCGCCCCUUGUGUCUUCUGCUACAACGAUUCAGACGGAAAGAGGCCUAUCGGUCCAGUAA